AUGAAGAAAUGUUUCCGCAGCUCAUUUCUCCUGCUGGCGGUAUCAGUCACGGGUGUGCUGCUGAAUGCUGAAGUCUAUGAGAGGGGAAGUGAAGGUGAAGCUGCGGUCAUCAAGUGUCCGUACCGAGAACACUAUAAAAUUCCCAAAUAUUUCUGUAAAGGAACUUAUAAACAAUGUCAGACUCUUAUUAAAACUGAUGGUAAGACAGAGUGGGUGAUUGAUGGAAACUUGUCUCUGAAUGACAACAAGGAGAAAAACAUGUUUGUGGUGACCAUCAAUAACUUGAGAGCAGGAGAUACAGGAAGGUACGGCUGUGGAAUCGAAAUAACAGGACAAGACCCGUUCACUGUCGUCCAUCUGACGGUGAUAAUGGCUGAAAAACCUCGUUUAUCUACAGCUAAGACCACCGUCUCCACCGUCCCUACUACGGAAAUGCCCACGUCAACAGUCAUGAGCAGUUCUGGAGGUGCGACAGCCACGACAGGAAGUUCCACCCAAUCCACAGUGUCACUUUCACUUUCAGACGUGUUGAUGUACACUGGAGGGGUUUUUGGUGCAGUGCUGCUGGUGUUCAUCGUCACUUUCUUCAAAUGCAGAGUGAUGAAAGAUUGUGAAGGCACAACUUCUCCCAAUACACCAGACACCAUGAAGGAGGUCAGUGUAUAUGAUGAGAUUCAGCUCAGCAGUCCUGCAGAGGAGAAUCCCUCAGAAACCCCGAACCUCAUAUCCAGUCCUUCUUAUUAUCCAGAAUGCAAGACGAUUUACUCCAUAAUAACCAAUCAGAAGCAAGACCCACACAUUAGUCUCUCUCUGCCGUCCAGUCCUGUGUCCUGCGGUCCGAACCUGCACAGAGACUCUACUGAAGAUCUUCAAGAACCCAAAUACAGCCAUGUGGAAUUUCGAGAUGCUGGAGACUUGAAACAUUUCAUGAAAUACAACGAUUUAUAUUCAACUGCACAAGAAGCUGUUAAUAAACCAAAUCCGAUCUACUCAGAAAUCAGUGUUUCAAAAACGGACAGUGAUCCUGAUCAUGCGGAUGCCGAGACGCCAAAACAGGAAACAUCUAAAAAAUCAGUCACCUUGAGACCAGCUAGAAACAUCCCUCUGUUAUUCUUCUCAGCCGUACCCAGCGUGAUGCCUGGAGGAGUCAGAGUGAAAGCACCACUAGGAGGAAACGCCACCAUUCACUGUUCCUACGACCCAGGAAGUGAAAAGUACCCAAAGUACUUCAGUAAAGGUCAACAGAAAACAGAACUUGUGAGACAGGACCGAAGAUUAACAUGGUCUCGGGACUGGAGGUUCUCUCUGGAGGACGAUACGGAGACGAGGGUAUUCACUGUGACUAUGAGGAACCUGAGCGUGGAUGAUGCUGGGGUUUACUGGUGUGGGGUGGACAGGUGGAUAUCUGACAUUCAGACUGAGGUCACCCUCGAUGUGGUGCAACAUGUAGUGCACGAUGAAACCACUCAGAACGUGCCAGGAAUUAAAACAGACACCACAGGAAGUUUCACUGAGGAUACAGUGUUUUAUUCACCUACAGGAAUCGGUUUGUAUGUUGGAGGGGUUUUUGGUGCAGUGCUGCUGGUCUUCUCAGUCAUUUUAUGUGUCUUUAAAGGCAAUGAAGCUACAACAUUUUUCAAUACAACAGUGAACAUGAAGGAAUUCUGCAAGUAUGAGGCAACACCUUACAGCAGUCCUGCAAGUGAAAGUCUUCUAGAAACCACUGUUCUGUAUAAAGUUGGUCGAAGAUCACACACACACACACACACACACACAUACACACAGACAAUCUCACACACCCAUCUCAGUUCCUCUUGUCUCUCACCAGCAGUCUGGACUGCAUCAUGUUCUGAAAAGUUUUGUCAUUGUCUUUAUUUUCGUUACUCUCGGUUAUGUAACAUUAUUUUACCUGGUCUUUUAUUUGUUUUGUUUUUUGUACUGCUUUUUUUUUACAUUCGUUUUUUUCUCUCAUCCAUCAGCAGCAUCAUGAACUUUAUUGCUGUGGCUGUGAUUCUAUUUGGAGCCGUACCCAGCGUGAUGCCUGGAGGAGUCAGAGUGAAAGCACCACUAGGAGGAAACGCCACCAUUCACUGUUCCUACGACCCAGGAAGUGAAAAGUACCCAAAGUACUUCAGUAAAGGUCAACAGAAAACAGAACUUGUGAGACAGGACCGAAAAGUAACAUGGUCUCGGGACUGGAGGUUUUCUCUGGAGGACGAUACGGAGACGAGGGUAUUCACUGUGACUAUGAGGAACCUGAGCGUGGAUGAUGCUGGGGUUUACUGGUGUGGGGUGGACAGGUGGAUAUCUGACAUUCAGACUGAGGUCAACCUCGAUGUGGUGCAACAUGUAGUGCACGAUGAAACCACUCAGAACGACACUGAGAUCUGGCAGUCAACCACCGAACCACAGGACCAGCAAAGCACCAUUACAGAGAAAACUCAGCAUCUCAGCCUCCCACUGGCUGUACUUUUGCUGCUGUGUGGAAUCAUGAGUGCCGUUUUCUUCAUUAUGAAGAACAGCAAGGCACAAGCAGCCUCCACAGCGCCUGGAAAUGCCACCGAACCUGAUGGGGAUGGCUCUUCAGCCAUUACCGAGACCCCGGAGGGCGUCUACGCUACUGUACUACACUGCAAACCUGCGGCAAACCAGGACUGCGCCAGAGAAUCUGCACCACAACACCCUGAUGCGGUGGUGUAUUCUUUAAUUAUGCAACCUCCACAACUUCCUGUUUAUUCAUCACUUUCUCCUUCAGAACCUGAACAGAAAUCACAGCUGCUCAGUGACACAUCUGCUUUCUCAGAGGAGUCACAUGAUGUUUACUCUACUGUCCAGUCACACUGAGGCAGCAUUUCCUUAGUUUCUAUCUUUUGUAGGCUAUUAGCACAGCAGAAGUGUUUGCUAGAAUCGGAUGUGAUUUGUCUGUUCGAGUGAUUGAUCAAAAUACUAAUGAACACUUUUGUAGCUAGUCGACAAAUUUGCUUAAUUUUGCGAUACUAGUAAAAAAAAACAAAAGACGUUUCAAAAUAAAACAUAAAAAGCUUUUAUAAAAAAUAUUUAAAAAUAUAU